CCUGCCUUCCAUUAGUAAUCAAGUGGAUAAUAGACCCACCACUGCAGCCUCCUACCGAAGUCCAAGAGCUGUUGAAAUGGGAAGUUUAUUCCCAUAUGACAGUUCUAGCGCAGCCCAUUCCGAAGUGCCAUUAGUUCAGGUCAGUCGAGCUAAGGAGAGCAACUUGAACGUCUACCAUGAGCCCAGUUACGAGCGAGGCGCCCAAGCAGUUUCCAUCCCUCUAUCUGAAGAUUUGGACUCCGCUAAUUCCAUUCAGGUCCUCAGGGGAAAAGAUCCAUUCUGGCUGGUCAUGAUUGGCCAGUUUGGCCCAGAAGGAGGCAUCCUGUGCUGCGAAGACUCUGAUUUCAUCUUAGAGAUUCCCCCGGGCGCUAUUCCUCCUGAUCGCCGAGACCAGCUCAUUAUAGCUAGGAUUUCUCUGUGUCCAGACUCUAUUGGACCCAAGCUGACAGACCCCGACUCCUUGUGGCUCGGUCCGCUCGUCGAACUGGAAUCUCCUGGUCUGGACCGAUUCCAUAAAAAUGUCAAGAUCAGGCUCCCGCAUCGCGCUCGACUGCAGCCCGGCUGGACCUUCAGUGUGCAUUACACAGAUCCCACCGCUGACACCAAGUACAACUGCCAGACCGAUACCACUCCUUCCACUGUUGAUCAAGAUCCUGAGGCCGCCACAUUCCUUCUUGAUGAAGACACCGAUACCAAGCCAAAGUGGAAUUGUGUGGAGCAGAAGUGGCACUCGGGUAUUAAGGAAGAAAAGGCUUCAAAAGAUGUGACCAGGGUAACCUUUACGGUCGACGAGAACUACGUAAACAUCUUAUCCUCUCACUUCUCCGAGUAUGUCUGCUCAGGGUGCAGUAAAACACAUCCUCUAAACCUGGAGGCUGUUGUGUUUUGGCAACACUACAAGGCCGAAGGUCUCGAUCAGAUGGAUCUCAAGGUCUACAUCAUUGAUAUAAUUAAGGAUACACGCAAAGUCAGCGUUGAAAGUAACGAGAGAUCCAGCAAACAGGCAGGCGCCAAGAGCGGCAUGACAGCAUACUCCUCACUCAGCUUGGAAUAUACGUCUGGUGUGGCUUCGUCGCUUGGCAUCUGUGUAGACGAGGAGUGCAUGGGUGACGACAGGAAGUGGAGUUUGAAAUCUUACAAUGGAAGACUCCCGGCUAAGCGAGUGAUGUCAGUCGAAUCAGUCAUUCGUGGUUGCUGUUCAUCCCACCUGUCUACUCGAGAGAUGUUCACCUUCGUUCCGAGGGACCCUUCCAAGCAACUCAGCUUUUUCCAAGCGAUGGUUUGCAUCAGUCAACCAAACUCACCGGAAGGGGACCCGACCCCAAUACUUGUGACUGUUCCCCUUACUAAGGGAUAUCGCGCUGUUAACAACAAUAACAAGGUCUGCAGUGAAGCAGGCCAACCCAUCAGCGACGACCAAAUGGACUUCGUCGGCGAGCGACUGCCCGGCAGCGUAUGGCCCGCUCUCUACCGCAAACUGAUUGGAAAGGGCGCCGACAACGGCAUCGAAGAGAUCAGGCUCAAACAUCCCAACAACCCCCGAGAGCAGGUCCACAGCGCACUCGUCAGCUGGAGGAGCAGCAAAGGUCGCAUGGCAACGGUGGAGAAACUCAUCACAGCUCUUCAGCAAGUGAAGCUUCAAGACCUUGCUGAUGAGCUGCUGUCGUAUUGCCAAGACUACGCAGAGGAAGCAGAAGAGGUUUCCACACCCACCGAUACACGUCUGAGAGACGAAGGGGCAGUGAGGACCAGGGAAAAAAGAAGCAGUCCAUGGUCAAGCAGCCAAGAGCGAUUGGGAGAACGAGGCAGUAAGGAUACCGCAGAGGUGGUUCAGAACGAAGCAGCUCAUCGAAGGAAUAAAUCAUCAACGGAGAAACAACGGAACGUUACGCAGUCCAGCGUGAAUGAAGAAAGCAGCAAGGGUGGCGACGGUGGCGUGGAAGUAGACCACAACGAAGAUGAAAGAGUAAAUCUUAGCAGGGAUCUUCGUCGCCUACUCAGGCACGAUCUACAUGUAGGGCUACUGGACCUCCUCAUCAACAACACGUAUGGUGAACACAACUCAAAUCUCUCCAGUUCAGAGAUCACCUUUCCCAAGUGUGGCGAUGGCGAGUAUGCAUCCACCCUCCGCUCAAUAGGCUUGAUACGUGAAUUGAAGUUUUAUGUCAACCAAUACGGCGAGUUCAGAUUCUAUAACUGCAAGCCAUGUCGCGUGUGUCACCCAGAUGUUUACGAGAUCCUCCCCUGUCUAAGGAAAAGCAACACAGUGUGUUUUGGAACCAAAACGGGUUUCAGAUGCAAGCACGAGGACAUGGUAUUCUACCCAGGUACAGGCUGUGUGAAGCUAACAAGCUCGCCGAAACCAGCCGCGUCCACCACAAUGCAGCAGGAUUAUAUUAAAGCAACACGACCACAGACGGUAGACGUUCUGAUCGGAGAACUAGAACCCCUUAACGGACUCGGAGACCCGAAGGAUCGCGUGGAUGAUGUGCCUCGCUUGCUGAGUUCGGGUCAUUCAGUCAACCUUGAGGAGGAUGAAGCUUCACAACCGUCUCACUCGGGUCCUCUUGGGACAAAGUCGACCAUCAUAACAAUUGGGGUUGUAUUGCUGAAUAUUCUGAGUCUGUUGAUCUUCAUUACCAUGAGGUAA